AUCAGAUUCCAUCGAAAUCCUAUCAUGGCUGCUUUUACUUCAGUUCCUCAGAACACUUCAUCUGAGUUCAGACAUUACGAUCCUACGUUACUCAAGCGUACGAAAUCUAAGCCAAAGGCUAAGAAGGCCGAACAGAAUAUUUAUAGGAAUCAUGGGGAAGUAGCGACACAACCCUUAGGAUUGCUACUCCAAGAAAGCGAAAGCAACCUUCCCACCGUCCCUCUGCAGAUACCACAAGUACAGACAACAGGCCAUAUGGAAGACGUUGAGGGAAUGAACUCAGAAAAAUGCGAUCUGUUGGGAAUGAAUUAUAGAACAGACACACAUGAUUUUGCAAAGGGUGACAGCCACUACCAACUUCGCCGUGAGUUGUGCGAUGAGGGAGUUAUGGACCACGUAACAUUGGGUUUAGCCUUGAAUAAGUCGUUCGAUGGAGGCGGUCGAGACCUGCAUCUGAUUACCGAAACUGGUGCGACUGACAAUCACCAAAACGUCACAGAGUUUCGUCUUAGCAAUGGCUCCCCCAAUUCUCAAGACAAAAGCCAAUACCUCGCCACUACCAACGGUAGGGACAGCGCCAUACAGCACAGAGAUCUCCAUACAGCAGUAGAGUACGCUUUCUCUAUAGAGGAUAUUGAACAUACUUACCAUGGACCAUCAGUGGAAGACGAUACGUUCUCCGGCGUCGCUAGUGUGGUAAAUGGAUCAUCAAACAGCCAAAAACGAUCGCAUCAAUCUUCGGUUGUUGAUGAGACAAUAAGUAUCCUAGAAGCAGUGCCGAACACUGUGUCGGAUCCAGAGCUUGAUCGUCGUCGUCCAUCGAAGCGGCGAAGGAUGGCUGAGCGAGAGGCACAGAGCCCCACAAUCGAACGUACAUAUAUGCCUAAGCGAACGCCCUUGCCGCAUCCUUACGCCAAGUCUUCCCGGCUUGGUACUCGUGAGAGCUCUAUUCUCAGUUCUUCAAAUUCUGGCCACGAGGAAUAUUAUACCACAAGUCUAGCCCAGCCUACAACUGAUUUCUACGGUGCAGAACAUCGCGACGGCACUUAUAUCCAGAGAUCGUUCGAAGAGCGACUACAAGCACGACGAUCUAUACCCCUUUCCGAAAGACUGGAGUCAGAAGAAGACAUUGGCCAAGAAUCCGGUAGGGAUGUGGUGAAUAGACAAAGUAGCGGUAGGAAAGCUGGGGAAACUGUUCGAAAGAGACUUAGCCGCAAUGGGUCAUGUAUCAUCCCUUCAUCGAGAUCCCAACGGCCUAGACGCAGGGCUUGGACAUCUAAGAUGGGAUGUGGGAAGUCAAACACUGCUCUCAGAUCAGUGGAUUACAAUACAGCACCUACGAAGCCACCACAACAAGUAAGAUUGACCCAGCUACACCAAAGUCCGAUAUCGGAGCGGCUCAACACCGAUAAAGGGUCUCAAAGUUACCUCUCAGCAUCGAAUUCUCUAGGCACGACCGCCGAAGAUGGAAAUAAUAUCGACUAUGAAUCGAGAUCUAGCAUGUCUUGUCAGAUCACGGAUCUAACACUUUGCGCUAUUCCAGAUGACUCUUCGGUCGUAACAGCAAUAUUACAUCUUCCCAACCCAAAUCAUCCCCUCAACCUAAUGCCCCUAGGUCACAAGGUCAUUGGCGAACAAGGCAAAGUUAUCCGCAUAACCCAGUUAUCGCCGGAUUCAUGGUUGCUGCUAGGAUACCGCUGUAACGGCAGUCCUUCAGGUCUCUCUAACGGCGGGAACUUGAAUGAGAAGCAAAUAAGCAGUGCCCAUAAUGACGCUGUAAGUCAUGAAACGGACCACUCAAAUGACGGCUGGGACGAAGACGAUGAGAAUGGAGAGGAAGAUAUAAGAGGACACAGCCAACGAACACAUAAGCUAUGGCUAGAGUCAGAAGAAGUUCUUUUAUUCUCAUUAAAGGAUAAGCAGGGCAUGGAGUGGGAAGAGAUAUGUAAACGCUUCCCUAGUCGGUCGCCUGGUGCAGUAAAACUGCGCUACUACACAUUGAAGAAACGAUCCUAGCAAUGUAAUUGUUUAUGUCAUCGCAAGGAGGAAGUCUGGAUCUUUCUAAUUAUUAUCAUUUUUUGACUGAUGAUAUGUCAAACCCUUUUUUUAAUCGAUCGGCU